UCAUAUCACAUAAUAUGAUAAUCGAUUCUUCCGCAAAUUUUCGAAACACAUCCCAUCAUCGAAUGCCAUGAAGCGGAGCGCCCAACGCACACUCGCCCUACCAUGGGCAUACCGGCUCCCAGGGCUCUGCCGGACAUGCCAACUCCGCGCCUUCGCUUCCGCACCUCCUCCGAACUCCACGCCCACCAGCCCUCCCAAACCCGUCUAUAGCCCGCCCCCGCGCAUCAAAGCCUGGACGAAGCAGGCGGACGAAGAUGAUUUCGUCCCGAAAAUCCUGGGGGCGCCCAUUGGGCAGCGAGCAUCGCCGAGGCCGCUGCACGAGCAGGCGCCGAUAGCGAAACUUUCGGCGCAGGAACGGAACCUGGAAUCGCGGCAGGAAUUAGUUAAGGAGUUGUCGAAGAGCUACUUUCGCGACCGGACGAAUACGAAAUACCACAAGGGGAAGACAUUCCUCGCGAACCCGCAGAUCUUCAAACCCGGACCUGCGCUGUAUUUCCCGAACAUCCGCGGCACGACAUUGGACGCGCCCAAGGUGCUGUCGGACACCACGUCGGUUCUCCGAGGCAAGGUCUCCGUGGUCACGAUCUUCAAGAGCCAGUGGGCGGUUUCACAGGUGGAGUCGUUCGUCGGGAAGAAGCAGAACCCUGACGUCCACGCACUACUAGACGACCCUCGCGCACAGCUGGUCGAGAUCAACGUGGAAACGAAUUAUGCGCGGGCCUUGAUUCAGCGGCUGUUCCUCGGGAAUCUCAAAGGCGAGCGGAAAAGGGAGGACUGGAAGAACUACUUCUUCUUGCGCGAAGGCAUCCCGGAUAACCUUCGGGAAGCGAUCGGGUAUAUCAAUGGAGAGGUGGGCUACGUGUAUCUAGUGGAUGAGAAUUGCAAGAUCAGAUGGGCGGCGAGUGCGGAGGCGGAAGGAGACGAGUCACAGUAUCUCGUGAAAGGCCUGAAGCGAUUGUUGGGGGACGUGGCGCCCGCAUCGUCGUAGUUGGCUGGAAACCAGCAGCGCAUGUCCUUUCAGUAAGGUCAUGACAUAUGUAACAUAUGUAACAGUAGUGUACAAUCGCAUCGAUCGUAUCCGUGAUGUCCUGACCGGCCAU